CUUUUUUUCUCUCCUUUCAUAUAUAUCUGAAAUGGCUUGUCUUGUAGUACUUCAAUUGAGCGAAAACAAUGGUGCUAAGAUUGCCAUGUGGUGAUACUCACUCCUGGUAUUCAAUUAUAUGAGUGUGAUUCCAUAGGCUCCGGCUUUUCCUGAUACUCAAACACAAGAAAGGAAAAAUAUAAAAUCAGACAAAAGAGGACAAGCUAUUUAUUGAUAGUCUUAAGAGCAAAAACCAAAACCACAACGAGAGUCUAUAUCAGAGGUUAAGAGGUUGCAACAAGCUGAGGCCUGAGAGGUACGUAAAACAUUAAAAAAAGCUAAGUUAACUUUUUUUGUGUUAGCCAUGGAGUCUCCAAGAAGAAUCCAUGGAGGUGCCGAGGAGAAGAGUAGCUGUGAGUCAGGAUGGACUAUGUACAUAGAAGACACCUUCCACGGAAACCAUCACUCGGAAGUUGUCUAUGAUGAUGAUGACGAUGAUGAAGAUGAUUUCCAUGUAAAAGAGGUCGACCAUGAUGGUGGUGAUGACGAGGACGAUGAUGAUGAUGAUGAUAGUAGUAACAAUGAGAGUGAUGACUCAAUGACUUCUGAUGCAUCCUCAUGGCCUAGCAGUCAGCAUCCAAGAAACACCAAGAAUCAUGCAGCUUCAACAAAGAAUAGUAAUGCCAAACAACAACAAGUCAAUCAUCAGAAAGAGAACAGAGUUCGUGACAGAUUCAGCGACCAAGGUGAGGAAUCUGAGCUCAAGGCUAGAACAAGAACCACUGCAACUAGUCGUGUUAAAAGUAAAAGCAAGGUGAGCAAAACCAAAUAAAGUCUGUCAUACUGGUUUUUAAGUUCUUUAAGCUAUCCAAUGUUCGUCUCUUCUGCUCAUCAAGGGGAAAAAAAACUUAAGCAGUUGAUACAAAUUUCAGACCAUGUAGUUUGUUUCUACUUUUUCUUUUAAAACAGGAUUAUGUUUUUGCUUAAUGCAAACUCCGUUCAUGUAACUUGUCUAUGUGGUUUUCCGUUUGGAGCUAUGCUAAUAAUAUCUACCUUUUUACACAUA